AUGAAGAAACCAGUGCCUUGCCUCCCUCUAGCGGUGCGUACCGCCCAACACACAGCAGCUGGAAACCCUCACCAAACAAGUCAGGCAGCUACAGAAGUCGGUGGUUUCAUCAGGGAUUCACCACAGACGCAGAAAUAUACACCUGCGUGGCAUACCCAAAAGGGUUAGAGAUGAAGACUUACUACACUUUGUCCAAAAAAUGACAGCUCCCAUGGGCUUUAAAUGUGGCAGUGAUACCACACUCAUAAUGUCUGCCUACCUGGUGCGCAAGUCAGCAAUGGAGCCCUAGGAAGCCUCAAGAGAUGCCAUUGCCCCCUCUAGAGACAUAGCAGUACGAAUCACCAUUAUGAGUAAGUCCAGGUCCGUAGGAACAGUGAAAUUUGAUGACUGUACUAUUUCCAUCUACAACGAUCUCCCCUUCUCGGUCCUAGUGGAAAGGAGGAAGCUAACACCGGUUACAAGGACCCUAAGAGACCACUGCAUCAAAUACAGAUGGGACAACGAUGGAUCUCUGGUAAUCUCACAUAGACAAGAGUCACUCAUCUUCUCCUCAGCAGACAACCCAGAGUCUCUGGCCAAGACGCCGGGCAUAUAAGUUAACCCUACAGGGGAAAAAACAACACAAGGGAUCUCUACAUUAGAGGUGGAUGCAGGGGAUGGAAUUAGUGAGAGAGGCACAAAGAAGUGAACGGAACAGCCGACCCAUUCGAAAAAAUCUUAAUAACUACUAGCCAUUUGUGAUGUUGAUGUGAUCACAAUUCCACCUUUCCAACACUCUUGGCAUUUUAUGUUCAAUCAUAAAUGACUCAAUGCUUUAGAUUAAUGGUCAUCACAACCAUAGCAAAUUUUACUUACUUUGAUUUCUGAUCAUCAACAGCUUCUUCACAUUCUCCGUAACUUUGGUCUACGGGAUACUGCUCUCUCCUGGUGCUCCUCCUACCUCUCCCAGCGCUCUUUCAGUGUUUCUUUCUCUAGCUCUGCCUCUUCUCCCCAGCCCCUCUCUGUCAGCAUCCCCCAAGGUUCUGUUCUCGGCCCCCUACUGUUCUCUAUCUAUACUGCCUCCCUUGGUAAACUCAUCAGCACCUUUGGCUUCCAAUAUCAUUUAUAUGCAGAUGACACGCAAAUCUACUUGUCCUCCCCUGAUCUCUCUCCGCCCACCUUGACUGGUGUUUCUGACUGCCUCUCUACUAUUUCCAACUGGAUGGCUGCUCACUUCCUUAAACUCAAUCUGUCCGAAACAGAACUUCUAGUUUUUCCUCCCUCAAGUGCUGCUACUCCUGUAUCUGUCUCCAUCCAAGUCAACGGCGCUACUAUCACCUCUACCUCGCAGGCUCGCUGCCUAGGGGUUCUUUUUGAUUCUGAUCUCUCUUUUACUCCCCAUGUCCAAUCGAUAGCCAAAUCCUGUCGCUUCCAACUCAAGAACAUAGAGCGCAUCAGCUCAUAUCUAACGCCGGACGCGGCUAAGGUACUGGUUCAUGCUGUUGUUCUCUCUCGCCUUGACUACUGCAAACCCCUUCUCACCGGUCUUACAUGUUCCCAGCUUGCACCGCUGCAAUCUAUAAUGAAUUAUUUUCCUGUCAGGUCGCACCUCCCAUGCCUCCAUGCUCUGUCAGUCCCUGCAUUGGCUUCCAGUUAGAUAUAGGGCCCAAUUCAAAAUUCUGGGGCUUGCUUACAAAUCCCUACAUAACGCUGCUCCAACAUACCUAUCCUCCCUCAUACACAAGUAUGUCCGGUUGAGACCCCUGCGCUCAGCCCAAGAGCUACGCCUAUCCUCUGCCCGGAUCCCCACCUCUGAUGCUCGCCUUCAAGACUUCUCCAGGGCUGCACCUAUUCUGUGGAACUCCUUUCCCUCCUCAAUCAGACUUUCACCCAGCCUCCACUCCUUCAAAAAAUCUUUAAAAAACUCACUUCUUCAUUAAAGCAUAUCAAUUAAACUGUCAGCAGGUUUCUCAUCCCCCACCCCAUGACUCCUUUCCUGCAACUGUCAAAAAUGACCUACCAAGCACUCAAUAAACCCUUCUCUAACAAACUAUGUAAUUCCCCUACUUUAACCCUUUGUGCCACUAUACCCCACUAGCAUGUAAGCUCAUUGAGCAGGGCCCUCAACCCCCUCUGUUCCUGUAUGUCCAGUGGUCUGAUCUCAAUUAUGUGUCUGUGAGUCCACACAUUGUACAGCGCUACGGAAUUUGUUGGCGCUAUAUAAAUAAUAAUAAUAAUAAUAAUAAUUUAGUCUAAAUGGCGAUUAAGCAGAAUUUUGCUUGAUUGACAAUUCCGUUGAAUUCCAUAAAAAGAUGGGGUGGGUGGAAUGGAGUAGAAGUUGUUUUUUGUUUUAGAGGGUGCAAAUAAGCAACUUAGUUUGUCAUGUUGGACAAGAGGUAUUCCCAAUGAUGUGGGUUGUAUCUCCUGUUUAACUAAGAGGUGGAAAAAAGAUUGAUGGUUAAGGAACAGGCACUGAAUGCUUAUUUUAUUCACAGAUCAAGUGAGAAGUGACAAAUAUAGGAAAAAAGAGGAACAGCAAAAAAAUAAAAUCAAUAAUAAUAAAUAAAUAAAAAUCUAUAUUAUUAUAAGCUCCUUCUAGAAGCCACUUUGACUUCAGCUAUUGAAAGAGGCAGACCAGCUGAAAGUCACUGGUUUUACCAUUGAUGUGCCUUUGUGAGAGUGGGAGAAAGCCUGUGUCAUUGAUCCUAUUGUGAGACUGGUGAUGUGAUUAAGUUACUUAUAUACUUAGACACUGCCACAAACACAAACUCCAUUUUGUUGAUUUAAAAUUAUUUUACUGCACUGUGCUUCAAUGUCACUACUUCUGCUUAGCAACUUGCAAUACAGAUUGUGCACAAAAGAAUGCUGCCUGCAAUAAAUGUGGCAGGUAUUUAUUUUCAACUCUUUUUUACUGAGUGACCAGUGCUGCACCAGCAGUAGUUUUAAUGAAGCACGGCACUACCUCACUGAAGAUAAAAUGCUUUUUAUUUAAAUUAUUUUGAGAAACAAUCAAAAAGACAGUUUGUUUGAUUUGCAGCUGCACUGUUCUUCAGUGCCACAACUUGUGCAUUACAAAUUGCAAUACAGUGUGUAGUAGUUUACAGCCCAAGUGUAUACUGCACUGACUAUGGCAGGAAUUUAUUUAACACUUUGUAGAAGGAUAUUUUCUCCCUAUGUUUUCACUAGCGUGGUGCAGCAGCAGUGGUAUUGUAGACCCUUCCUCCAGGGUUAUUAACCAGCCUGGAUGAGGCUGGUGUGAUAUAAGCGUUCCACUUUUAUUUAUAAUAUAGCCCCUAUUGACUGAUCAUUUAUUAGUCCAUUAAUUUUUCCAACUUAUGGCAGGGGGUUUACUAGGAUCACACCAUCCGACCACACAGGUAAGGGGAAUAGGCCUGGCCCCUUACUUGAAUUGAUGAUCUGGAGAAGCAAAUUGCAACAUUUAGGCAGACUGACCAUCAUGAAAGGUGUCUGCUACUAAAUGAGCAGAGUUUAAUGGGGGGCAUGUAGCAGAGUGGAAGGAAAUAAGACAGCUGUAUAACAGGCAAGACUUGGGUGACAGUUAACCAUUAUGGGAGAGUAAUUCUAUUUCCCUAGCAAAUUUGCUCGUUUGAGUGAAGAUGUUGGGAGCAACAGUUCAUUAGUAGCUGAGGAAGUUGUUCCUUCUAACAGCCUAGGGGGCAGCACUCCCCCACCCUUCCGGUCCUCUUCUCGUACUGCUCCCAUAUGUCAUAUGUGUUUUUGUUAGAAUCCAUACGCACAUACUACAUACAUCCAUAUGCAUGUCUGAAACUUUCACUGUAAGUAAAAUAUUUUUUUAAAUAAAAUAUAGAAUUAUAUUAAUAAGUAUUAGAAAUAGAACUGAUUACACACACAUUCACUGACAUAUAUACACAAUGUCACUUACACACUGUCACUAACAUACACUCUUUUGCUGACAUACACACACGUCACUCACACCAGUUUACAUAUAGUCAUAGUUUAUUAAAACACACACCCACAAACAAAUUUAACACACCAAUUUUCAAACAUACACAUAAUAACCAGCCCCCUCAUCCUCCAGAUAUUCCAUACCUGUGCUAGUGCUGUGACUGGAAGAGAAGUGGUCCAGGCUUCAACCUGCAGGUAGCUGAGUAGGUAAUUUGCAGCAACAUUGAGGCAGAGAGUGCACAGUAUAUGGCUGCACUGGGAGGGUAGCUAAACUGCCACUCACCCAGUGCUACUAAGGGUUAGUACGUGUGUUAGGGUUUAUAAAGAUGACCCUUUCUGUCGCUCUAUAAUUUUUGUAUUUUAGCUAAAACUAGCAAGGGUAAUUGUGGGCAGAGGAGUUUGCACUUUAAUGGCUAUUGGAGUGGUACUAAAAAAUCUUUAUUUAAAUGUUCAUAUGGGUUUGAGGAUAGUAUACAUGUAACUUAGAGUUUGUUCUAUGACACUGUCCUUGCCAAAAAACAGCUUAAAUAUUUUUUACAAUUUCAUUUAACAAAAUUUUUGUAAAGACAGUUUAUUCCCCUGUAAAUGUUUUAGAAGAACAUCUUCCAAAAAUACUGAAUUAAUCUGUCAAUAUUUAAACGAAACAAAAAUAAUAAAUGGGGAAAAGUUUUCAAACAAUGACACCUAGUGUUCAUGUUGUAGAAUUACAGAUAAAAAUAAGAAAUCUGUACAAAUUCUCACAUUGUACGAACUUUAUCCACCCUGUAAAAAUUGUUUCUGAUAAUACAUAACGAUAAGAUAAUAACAAAUUCUGUAACCAGAUUUCUUUAGCUCAAGAUAGUGUUUUAUGUUAAAAAUGGUUCUGUUGUUUUUGGGAAAAAAAGCAAGAGUCAGUCAUUCAAGUUUGACAUACAGCACAUGGGAGGGCUAAAUUAUGCAUUGGUGAUGGAUGACUAUAUAGUUGCUGUUAUGUUAGAGCAAAAACUUGCUUAUUUAUCUGUCCUUAUGUUGCAAGCAAUAUUUUUCACAUGAAUAUUUAUUUGAGUUUGUAAUGACAGUCUACACAUUUUUGUUUCUUCUUACAUUUUCCCAAUGCAAUUAGAAAUGACAAAUUGCGUUUUGCUCUUUGUAAACUUAAUUCUGUAAUAAUAUGAAAAAUGUAUUCACAAUUUUGGGAAAUUAAAACUGAAUUUCAAAAUGUAGGCUACUAUAGUGAAUCUGAUUCAGCUACAUUCAUACCUUGGGUAUUUUAGCCAGAUGUUUGCAGUUCAAUUUUCAAUUCAUUGCAAUUCACUAUUUAGUGAAUAAGCUCUUAGGAUAUUUUAUUUGUUUGUAGAGUGUGAAUUUCCCUGUAAUUACUAAUUAUUGUCAAAUAAGUAAUACAAAAAUAAAUUACUGUUUUUCCAACAAAAGUCCCACUCGAAAGGUGUAAAUCUAUAUUUUAUAUUUGUAUUAUUUGAGCUAUAUUUCAUUUUAUAUUAAAUACCAAUACAAUACUCCAUCAGGUAUUAGGCUUGAAAGAGCAAAAAUAACACACUUCAGUCAUUGCUGGCAAUCUUCACUGUUUCAGGCAGUUCACACUUCACUUCUAGUGCUGUAAAAAUCCAUUGUUUUUGGACAUAUAUAUUUGUUCAUAUCUGUAGAAGGGACUCAAAAAUGUGAGUAUCUUGAGGUACAAAGCAGUUAGUGACUGGCAAUGUCCAGAAGAGCCCGCAUGAUACCUACUAGAGCUUGGUAACUAUCUGACGGGGUAAAAUAAUAUAUUCUUUGUAAUGCCAAUUACUUUUACCUUUAGAGAAGCAAAAGUGAAAAAUUAAUAGAAAACUUACAUUUUAACACAGAAUAUUAUUUGAAUAUUUUAAAUGGUUGAAAAAGAACACUCUGGGUGUCAAGUGGUAAAUCAACACAUAUAACCAAAAAUAAGUUGUAAAUGUGCAAAAAUAAAAACUUGAAUUAACAAAAUUAAUCAUUAUAAUUCAUACAUGUAAACUGCACAGCCCCAUUUCAUUGCAAUGUUAUUUCUAUACGUACAUAUGAUCCAUUUAAUUGUUUUACCCCCCCCUUAUGGCACUACACUUUGGUCAUCAAGUUGCUGACUAUAAUGGGAGCUCAGUUCAGCAAGUGUUCUUGAAAGUGAAUUGGUUGAAUAAGUUCCUCUUCCUAAUUAGCAACCUACAACUCAAUCAUUUAUUGUGCUGAUAUAAAUAAAAGAUCUUUGAUUAGCAUUUUUAUUGUACUUGCUGUGUCCCACCCAUGUUCCAUUCACUAAAUGUUUAACCAAUAAUAAUGAAGAAUAUGCUCUACUAUUGAAAUAUUUUAUAUAAAAGUCCAAUCAAUUUCAGAGAUAUUCAGAUGUCUUUACACACCUUAUUUUUUUUUCUACCAACUCAUAUCAACUAAUAUAAUUCUGCAUACAUAUUUCUAAGUACAUGUUUAAAGAAAUUGUCAAUCUCAAAGAAAACACAGUAUACAUAUUAUUUUUUUAUUUUUUAAAAUGCAGUCAGUAAUGAAGAUCAAUUUGCCAAUAUUAUUGCUUGGCAAAUCACAUUUGAAAUCCAUAUAUUUAAAUUGUAUUACAAAUUAUCACACUUCUACUACUGAUUGCAUUACAUUGCCAAGAAGAGCAUUACCUUUUGAUUCUCUGCCAGGUCCUGUUGAUUUUCCUGGAAUAGGAAGCCUCUUCAAUAUCAUUUUGAAUGGAGGUUUAAAAAACCAACAUGAAGUUAUGGUAAGUUAAUACACUUUCCUAAUUUAAAAAAAAUGUAAGUAUUGCAACUGGUCUUAAUUUCACUGAAAAUGUAAAAAAAAAAAAAAAAAGCCAAAGGUGAAUACAGAAAUUAUGAGAUAUUCUUUCAUGUGUUAAAUUGCAUUUGCUCAGUGAUGUACUUUUAUUUUUAUUUUUUUAAGUAAACUUCACUGUCAUUUUCUCCAUGUUUAGUACAAAUAUCAUCAGAAAUAUGGAAAAAUAUUUAAGAUGAAUCUUGGAUUUUUUAAGUCUGUACAAAUUGGAGAUCCUACCUUAUUAGAAAUAUUUCUAAGAACAGAAUGUUUCUACCCAAAACGAAUGGAGAUAAAACCUUGGAAAAUGUAUAGAGAUUACAGAGGAGAAUCCUGUGGUUUGCUUACACUGUAAGUAUAUCAGUAAUUUAAAGUAAAUAUAAAUUCUCAGAGUUAAAUAUUGAGACUGAUUUUUAUAGCAUUUUAAUAUAACUUGUGGAAAUUGCAAAUAUGCUAUCCUGUAGAAAAUGAAACAGAAAUAAAUGAUUAAUUAAUGUAAUUUCACAGUUUACAUAUUGCAUAUACUAAUUAAUAGACCAUAUCAAUAGUAUAUGGACCUAGUUUACUGUUAAAAACCUGGAUUAGUGAAAAAAUACAUACAUGAGAGUUCUUAUAUUUCAUAGUUCAAAUGGUUGUUGCUUACAGCUUAACUUCUUUAUCCUUAUUAUAUACAUAAGUAGUAAUCCAGUUUUCACCUAACCUUCUAGCUAUAUACUUUUUGUAUUCCAUGUUUCUGUUUAAUUAUUAUUUUAUUAUCAGUACUGCAUUACAAUACCAUCUAUGAUGCCAUCCUAGAUUUUACUGUAUAAAAUAACAUUAAUAUUUUUUUUCCACCAAAUCAUUAACAAAAACUAUUCACACACUAACUCCCUAAUACCUAGCAUAUCAUAUUAUUGUUCUAACCACACAACUACCUAUUAUUAUACAUUUAAUCUCCAAAGACAUAAGGCAUACAUACGACAUGGGCAUGUGAAACAAUUGGUUGGUUUUCAGUUUUGUUUCAUUUUGAUAAUACCAGAAUAAGGUUCAACAAAAUUGGGCAAUUAUCAAUUCAAAAUCAAUAAAAAUGUGCCGAAAAGUUUCAGAAACAUUAGAAAUUUUGACCUCCAAUAUUCCAUUUAGAAUGCUGUUUAGAAGAAAGCCACCCUAAUUUGGUACCCUUAAAUGGCUUUGCCUAUUUAGGGUUACCUAAUUAGGGUUUGUUUAGCAGAUAUCUCUCCUAAUUUGUUACCCUUUCGUGGGAUUGUUUAUUUAAGGAUACCAAACCAGGGCACUGUCUAGUAGAUAUCUGCCAUAAUUUGGUACCUAUCUGUGGAAUUGACUAUUUAGGGAAUUGCAAAUUAGGGUGCUGUUUCAUAGAUAUUUUCCCUAAUUCAGUACCCUAGUUGCCUAUUAAGUAUAUUAAAUUAGGUUGCUGUUCAGUAGAUAUCUGAACUAUUUUGGUAUCCUUCUGUCAAAUUGCUUGUUUAAGGAUGCCAACGUAGGGUGCUGUUUCACAGUUAGCUCCUGUUAUUUGGUAUCCUUAUGUGUGCCUGCUUAACUGUCUAUUUAGAGAUACCAAAUUAGGUUGUUGUUUUGCAAAUCGCUCCCCUAAUUGGUUACCCUUCUGUGAGAUUGUCUAUUUAGGGAUACUAAAUAAGGGUGCUGUUUAGUAGUUAUCUUUGUAAUUUGGUACCCUUUUGUGGGAUUUUUAUAUUAAGGACACCAAUUUAGGAAGCUACACUGCAUACAUAGUUAAAUAACAGUGUAUAUGACUGUGUGGGUGCAUGGGAAAAUAAGUGUGCACUGAUGGUUAAAAUUACAGUGUAUGUGACUGUAUGCAGUGGCAUACACACCGUGGCCAGAGGACCCGGCUGCCCUGCGGACCCCUGCGACCAGGUACAUGCCGCCAUCUUUUGCAGACCGCCGGGGCUGACGUCCAAGGGUUCCAUCAGGUGGCCCAUGCUGUUAGGGCCACCCGAUAGGUAUGGAUUGUCAGGGGGCCAGGUCAGCAGGCCCCCUGUGAUGAGAUCACUGCUGGGAGGAAGUGACUGCCCCAUUCACUCCUCCCAGCUAUCAGAGAGCUAGGCGGGAGGAAGCAGAGGAGGGAGUCAGAGUGGGAACUCUGACUCCCACCAGCCUGAGCCACCACUGGACCCCAGGGAAAGACACCAUCCUGCACCUAAAAGGUAGGAAAUAGGAGGGUGACUUAAACAUUUUGUGUGUGUGUGGCGGAACCAGCCUCGCCACUGGGCAUUGGAGAAGACUGAUUGCCAGCCUCCUGCCCUGUGACUAUGGCCCCUGAAAUGUAUUGCCCUUUAAGAAACUUAUUUGGGCUUAUUGGAUUUUGAAACACUUUUUCUGCCCCUUUGAAUACGUGGGAAGGUGUGCCCCCCCCCCCCCUUUUGCUUUCUAUUGCUCUCCAGCAGGGCGUUGUCCCAGGGAUACUGCCAAACCAGUUGGAACUUGCUUUUUGCCCCUCCUCUGUCUCUCAUCAGCCCUUGCUAUGGUUUAACCCCAUGGUGAUUUGACUAUGUUCGUGGCAUCUGAGCGCUGUUCGGAUAUAGUGAGUGCUCAGAUCCAAGAUAUCUGGAGAUGUGGGGGUUCUUUUCAGUAUGAUAGGAAUUAUGUAUUUUUUAUGUGUUUUUACUGUUGUUGUAAAUAGAGAUAUUUUCUGUAUGCUGGAGAUAAUUGGCUUACCACACCCAAGCCAUGCUUGCAGUUGGUCAAAAAGGGACUUCUAACUAACUUUUGAUCCACAGGACCAAUUUGUAUGAUUUUGACAUAUGUUUGUAUUUGGAGUAUGCUGAUUCUGAAAAUGUAAGUAUGUGAAUGUGAGGUAUACUUUUAGAGUUAUGAAUAUUGUGUAAAACUGUGUAUUUUCCUGCCUGUGAUAAUUAUGUUAGCUCAUUGUGUUCAGUAAUUAUAUCACAGGCAGAGGGGAGGAGUUCUAUUGUGUAUGUGGGAGUGAUAUUUUGUUAAGUAAUGUUCCCAUUGGUUUGUGUCCCUUUUGUCAGUUUACCACCAGGUCCAGGGGGUGUGCCUCUGGCCUGAAAACUUGCAUAAAAGAAAGCACUUUGGUGCUGAUUAAAACAGUUCUACUUCACCCUCAAUUUGGAGUCCUGUCUCUUAUUGGGGGAAUCUGCUACAAGAGAUUGCUAUGUUCUGCAUAUUCCCUUGCUAUAAUCACUCCUAAGCUCUUUUAAGAGCUUAUUCCUGUCGUGCACUCUGAAGGAGUCUACGGUGGUUAUGGCUGGAGUGCUUGGAGACCUCAGGAAGUGCUAGGAGCAUCCUUCAACGGAGGUACCCAGUCGGGGUGCCAGGUGAUCCGUUACAGUGUGUUUGUUUGUAUGUGUAUAUGUAUCUUUGUUUGUGUGUGUGUGUGUUUCUGUCUGUAUGUAUGUGUCUGUGUAUGUGUCUGUCUGUAUGUAUGUGUGCCUGUCUGUAUGUAUUUAUGUGUCUUUGUAUGUAUGUGUGUCGUGUGUGUGCCUUUCUGUAUGUAUGUGUCUGUCUGUAUGUGUGUGUGUAUGUCUGUCUGUGUGUAUGUAUGUAUGUAUGUGUGCCUGUCUGUUUGUAUGUGUGUGUGUCUUGUGUGUGUGUGUGUGUGUGUGUAUCUAUGUGUGUAUGUGUCUGUAUGUAUCUGUCUGUAUGUGUGUGUCUCUAUAUAUGUAUGUAUGUGUGUGUGUGUGUGUGUCUGUCGGGGGUGGGGAGUGGGGGGGAGAGGGAGGUGGGGGCCGCAGAUCAGUUUUGAACUGGGGCCCCAUGGUUUGUGUGUACGCCACUGACAGUAUGCACGCAUGGGUAAAUGACAGUGUAUGAUUGUGUGCAUGUUUGAGCAACUAGCAGUUUAAAAUACUGUGUAUGUGUGCAAGUAGGGCAAAUUAGUGUGAACACACUUAUGCAUUCUGCUUUCCCUGUUGAGUCUCCUAAGUGAUUCUCAGCUUGGAGUUAAAGCAGCCAAGUGAUCAAGACACACAGGAAAUAUGAUUAUGUUAUAUUCAAUGCAUCUCUAUAUUCAAGCUUCUUUCUCUUCCAACUCACUCCUGGACUACCUAAGCAAAGUGGGCAGAGAAAGCAGUAUGGCAUCCAUAGUCCAACAAAGCAAAAUGCAUAACAUGAGGUAGUGCUGGUUAUAUCGGCAAUUUCAUACAAACUUAAUAUUUAUUAAACACAAUUAUUUAAAACAUCCAGUAACACUGGAAAAACCUGGGUAUCCAGACAAUAUUGCACUUGCCAAACAGUAAUGCCAUGGAGACCUCUCUAUGCCAAAGCAGCCAUUCCUCUCAUAUGGUUUGAAGAAAAGUUAUUAUUAUUUCCUUGAAGCCUGCUGUUUCCUACUACUGGAUCCUUUAGUGGAACCCUCUGUGGACCAAUAAGCACUGAUUGUAGGACACCUAUCUUGCUUAAGUUGCAAUGCUCUAUAUAAGUAUUUAUAGAUGCUGCAGGACUACAAGUCUCACAAAAAUUAAAGAUUAGCUGCAGUGUACCAGCAUAUUAUGAUGAGUUAGAGUUCAUUCCAGAAUAUACCAGGAAAAUCUGUGUAAAAUCAUCUGCCCCAAGCAUGUCAAACUCAAAGGCUAACAUGGGCCAAAUAAACAAGGUUUAAUUUUAUAUGGGCCGCAUGGACCACUCUAAUACAAUGGCCCCCCUCCCUCUCCCAAUUUAAUACACUGGCCCCCUUCUUCUUUGAAAUAAAUACACUGUCCCCUCCCUCUCUCAAAUCAAUACACUGCCCCACUUUAAAUUUAGCACACUACACAGGAAGGUAACACAAGCCCAUCUUCCCCUUCCUCAAGUACUGCGAGCAGGAGGGAAGGGAAGACUUUCCUCUGGCACUGCGAGCAGGAGGGAAGGGGAGAUGCUGGCCUGCUCUGCAGACAGACAGACACUCUGUUCUCUUGUGGCCAUGGGAGGGAAGGCAAGAAUCAGACAGGAAAUAUCUUUGAUUGGUCUACACGUUUCGUACCAUCAGGGACUGACAGGGUCCUCUGCUUAUAUAAGGAGCUACUAAUUGAGUCCACAAGAUUAAAGGCAAAGCUUGCCUAUUAGGUUUUGCAAUUGAAGGCACACUGUUAGAUUGCAAUUUAGUUUGUAACAGUGUAGCAACAUCUGUUCACAGACAUUAAACAAAUACAUGAAUAAAAAAUACAAUCAAUACAGUGACAGAACUACUGCAGGUGAAGCUGCACUGGGGCCUGUUGCUCAUGGAGCCAUCGUGUGGCCCAUGCACUUAGGGCUACCCAAUAGUAAAGUGCUUUCAUGGGCCCGGUCAUGCACUGCAUCCUCCAGUGUAUCUAUCUGUCUGACUGUACGUGUGUCUGUGUAUCUCUCUGUGUGUCUGUAUGUGUGUCAGGGUAUUUAUCUGUCAUGGAGGCUGGGGGAUGAAAACCUGCUAACAGUUUAAUUGAUAUGCUUUCUUGAAGAAGUGAGUUUUUAAUGAUUUUUUUGAAUGAGUGGAGACUGGGUGAAAUUCUUACGGAGAAGGGAAGGGAGUUCCACAGAAGAGGUGCAGCCCUGGAAAAGUCUUGGAGGCGAUCAUUAGAGGUGGGAGUAUGUAUAUCUUUAUGUGCAUACAUCUCAGCUUUCAAACUCCAACAGUACACACAAAAACACCCAUGUAUUCAAAUGUCAAUACUACAUAAAAAUACACAUCUGCAUUAGAACACCAACAUUAUUAUAUAAACAAACACAUUUAAAAAGCAACACUACAUACAAACACAUAAUUUCAUUCAAAUGCAAAGUCUACAUCCCAACACACCCCUACAAUCACACACAUAUACUCCAUAAAAAGGUUUUUACAUUUAAGCAUGCAAACACUGCUCAGUGGUAAAUACAAUCUUGCAAGAAUGGGCAAAUGGUAGAUCCCAACAUGGCAAAGCAUUGACAAAUGGGGAUCUACUUUUUUUCCAUUCUUGGGAUAGGUGACCCUAAAAUAAUUUUUGCACCAGGGCCUUAUCUGCUUUAGUUCCACCACUGAAUGAAUAAAAAUGGAUACAAACUACUACAUAUAAUACAUGAUUAAGGCCUCACGGCCGAAGCGUCAUAUCUUUGUUUUGUCUCCUGAACCAUAAUUAAAUAUACUUUAUUCUUCACCCUGCACUGUGUAGCCUGUGGCUCUGGAUUUAUAUCUGGGACUAGCAGACCUCCCCCACAGAGCUCUGGUGUAUCAAGAUACUAGUGUGCUGCACUCAACUACCUGGUUGGAUACUGUAUAUAAUGGUUCCAAGCAACAUUACUUGAAUAACAUAAGAAUCAUAUAUAUAUAUAUAUAUAUAUAUAUAUAUAUAUAUAUAUAUAUAUAUAUAUAUAUAUAUAGGAUUCUAAGCUCUCCCCUAAUAAGGGUAAGUGUAAGGCUGGGACUAAGUUCAUAUUCACAUACUACAGUGUGAUACAAAUAAAAAUAAAUGUACAACUAAAAUGCUUAUAUACAGAUACCAGGAAUUCUAUUGUUAUUGGAAAGGUACAUGGGAGAGAGGGGAUGAGAAAACCAGGAACAGACGGGCAGCUAAAUAAUUGAAAAAUCCAUUAUUUAAUAGAAAGGGAUACUAUAGUCACCAGAACAACUACAGCUUAAUGUAUUUGUUCUGGUGUGUAUAGUAUGCCCGUGCAUUCUUUUUAAUGUAAACAUUGCAAUGGAGGUGCUUUCUGGGUCAGUGCGGCACAAUGUGCAGCACUGACAUUCAGCGUCUCCACGCUCUGCAUGGAGGCACUGAAUGUUCCGCAUAGUAAUUAAUUGAUUUAAAGCAUCUCUAUGAUGAGAUGCUGACUGGCGCAGUGCAGUAGCAUGAGCAAUAACCUCCUAAUGCUUCCCCAUGGAGCCAGGCACAGCAGACCUGCACGGCGCUGGAGUAAAGGUAAGUUUUAAUCUUCUUUAAUUGGAGGUAAUGGAGAGCCGGACACCUAAAUUGUGUUCUAACACUGUGUUCAUGCUUGUAUUCCUGACACAAUAGUGUUCCUAUAGUACCCAUCCUACAAGCUCAGUUUGCUAUUCUUAUUGCAAGGCAAACUACAUAUAUGGCUCGAUUUAUUAGUGCAUGUAGAAACAAGGAUAAGCAAAAAAAAGAUGAAUGCUUGCAUUUCUUUUAAGAUAUGUGAGCUUUUCUCAUCUGACUUGCAGUAUUGGAAAGUAGAGUAAAUGUACAAAAAUUAUACAUUUUCUCAUGUAAGCCUUUAAAGUAGUGAUGUUAUUAGAAAUGUUAAUCAAAGGGAAACUAGUCAAUUUAAAAGAUUAGCAGCAGCCUGUAAAAGUAGUAUAUGAUUUGGAACCAGUUGCUCUUUAUAUAAAUAAUCGGAGCUAUUAACAAUUGGCUACUGGCACAACAUCCACUACUUGAAAAAAAAAAGGAUUGAUAGGUGUGACUGUAGUCACCAUCACUGGGAGCAGAAGGACAUUUUACAAUUGUUCCUAAAUAGCUCCUAUGUCUACGUUACGCUGUGCCCAUUUUAGGUGCAGUGUGUUUAUAAUGUUUGUGUAAUGUAAUUGUUUAGUGUUACAUGUUAGUGUGCUCUCCUGUAUCACUAAUGCUUUCAAUCAACUUGGUGGAUUUGGCUGUGGAGCCUGUACAGUGCCACCUGUUGGUUGCAAGGAUCUAGCAACCGCUGUAUGCACUACCUGAAUAGCAAGGAUUGCUAAUUUGCACAUUCAGGUAGAUUUGCAUAUUGCUAUUUCUGCAGGCAGGAGAUAUAUGUCAUGCAAGUUAUUGUCUUCCCCAUCCCUUUAUAAAUAUGUUAUUAUGCUAUUAUAAUUUCCUGUAUAUUUUCGGACAUGUUUUGGUUUUGUAUUUUAUUAAGUGUGUCGCAGAAAGCUUUAUGUAAUGAAUGUAAGGGCUAGCCCCAAGUAAAAUAAAGAAUUGUAAGCUAGUUCUUUUUGCAACUUGUGUACUGUGUUGAUUUCUAGGGAUCCCAGUGACAGACUCUUCGGAUUUGUUGGCUGGUUGCAGGAUCACUCUAGCCCUGGGAUAAAUUAGAGAGCUAGGCCUGAGAGACGCAAAUGCCUUUGUAAAGCAAUAGCCAGGGCUGGAUUAACAUAGGGGCUGAUGGAGCUGCAGCUCCAGGCAUAGGCCCAUUGAUUUAAAAAAAAAAUAAUCUUUUUUUGUUUACACACACACUACUUUUAGGGUUGCCAGGUAUUUCUCAGAAGUAUUUCUUAUGGUAUUUCUCAGGUAUUUGAGGCUGCCUAGCCAUUGCCGGUAUUGCAGUAAUACCUGCAAUACAAAUGUCUGUCUUAGUAUAAACAGAGAUUAUUCUGCAAUACCAGCACCGGCCAGUAGGGGUCGCUGUUUGUGUGGAGAGAGGCAGGGAUAAGAAGUUACAGCAUCUCCCUCCCUGUCUCUCUCUACUCACUGAUCCAUGGGGGAGCAGCACAGAGAGUCCAGACAGCAGUUUCAAGCCUGCGAGACAUGGGGUCAAUGAGAGACUUGGGGACGCUGAGACAUUUGGACACUGGGAGACAUAGGGACCCUGAGACACUAGGGAUACAGUGGUCCCAUGUCUCCCAGUGGCCCCUAGUCUCUUAGUGUCCCAAUGUCUCCCAGCCAGUGUCCCUGGUGUCUCUCAGUGUCCCUGAUGUCUCCCAGUGUGCCUGGUGUCUCUCAGUGUCCCUAGUGUCUGUGUCCCUAGUCUCCCAGAGUGCACUAGUAACUCAGUGUCCCCAUGUAUCUCAGUGUCCCCAUGUCUGACCCAGUGUCUCAGUGUCCCCAAGACUCACAGUGUCCCAAUGUCUCUCAAUGUCCCCUAGUGUCCAAGUGACAUUGGGACACAUGGAGACACAGACUUUAAGGGACACUGGGAUACAUGGGGACACAAACACUAGGGGACACUGGGAGAUAUGGGGAUAAUGAGACACUAGGGGACACUGAGAGACAUGGAGACACAGGUCUCUCAGUGUUAUUGGGCACUCUCAGUCUCCCCAUGUCUCCCAGCCAGUGUCCCUAAUAUCUCAGUAUCCCCAUGUCUCUCAGUGUCCUCAGUGUCUCAGUGUCCUCAGUGUCCUCAGUGUCCCAUAGUCUCUCAGAACCCCCUAGUCUCCCAGUGUUUGCAUGUCUCACAGUGCCCCCAAGUUUCUCAGUGUCCCCUAGAAUAAAAGAAAAAAAUCUCAGGCACACACUGAUAGAUUUAAGCAGGUUUAUUGGACACCACAAUGUUUUGACCUGUACCCAGAUCUUUAUCAAGUCUCCAGUGUCCCCUAUGUAUCACAGUGUCUCAGUGCCCCAUGUCUCCCAGUGUACCCUCAUGUCUCAAAGUCACCCAGUGUCCCCAUGUCUCCCAAUGUCCCCAAGAGUCUGUGUCCCUAGGUCUCCCAGAGUUCCCUAGUAUCUCAGUGUCUCCAUGUCUCCCAGUGUCCCAAUGUCUCUCAACGUCCCCUAGUGUUCUAGUGACAUGGGAACACUGGGAGACAUGGGGACACAGACACUAAGGGACUGGGAGACACAGACAUGCCCCCUUUUUGUGUAUGUUUGCCCCUUUCUGCAGUUCUUGUUAUGUGAUUUGUGUCAGUGGCCCACCCUUUUACCCCAUCCAUAGACUUCCUACUUUACUGGACACUGCUGUUAAGGGGUAUGGGUUUACUUGAAAGAUGAAAGCGUGAAAUUAGCAUAGGGUAUGUGUUUUCUAAUAGCUGCAUCUUGUGAGUUUCCCUCCAGUACCAUCUCCAUCAGAUACAUGACGCUUAGGAGGUAGGACAGUUUUAGUGUUUUUGGUCAAUAAGAUUUUGUAAUUAGGCCCAUCAUAAUUGUCAGCACCAGGCCCACUGGGCUCUUAAUCUGGCCCUGGCAAUAGCAAACAGUGUAAGCAGAGCUGCAGCGGAAUAGGUAGAGGGGACGAUACCUACCUAAAAGAAAGAUUGCAGCGGAAUAGGCAGAGGGGAUUAUACCUGCCUGGAAGGACAGCUGCAGCAUUGUCAGGUGGAAAAGUUCCAGAAGAACCCCACUCAAGUUACAGCGACUGGGGCCUAAGCACUUCAGGUUUCCCGGUUCCAGCUAGGAAGUGAACUUAACAGAGUUACCCAGCUGGGAUACAGGGAGUUCUGUCACAACUACUACUACUAUAGCUAUUAGCUGCUUAGCCAGUAGUGACAAGCAUGGAGAUAUGCUAUCUGUAUGCUUCCCAAAGCCUGGCAUUGGAUUUCUGGAGUAAACAUAUGCAAUUUCCACAUGUAAAAUGCUUAGUCUAUCUAGUAAAUACCAUUCCACAUUGCUGUUUCUAUAUGUCUCUAUGAAAGUGUUUAAGUUUUGCUUGGGGAAUUUUCUGUGCUAGGGUAAUUUAGUAGAAAUGGGCAUUAGUAAAUGCCAUCUUGUCUAGCACUAGACAAUGUUGAUGCCAGCCUCUAAUAAAUUGAGGGGUUACAAUCCCUAGUUUAUUAAUUCUAGUUUAGAUAGAGACUUAUAAAAUAUGACACUCUAUUGUUUCCAAAUCUCUAUCAUUGUGCUGCUUCUGCUCUUGGCUGAGACCCAAUGAGAACAUGGGGCAGGAUAAGCAGCCUAGGAGCACUAGCCCCACAAAUAUUCAGAGGUUGAAGAAUAUUAUGCACCUUUGCAUUCUAAUGUCAACACCACAUGCAAACACACUCCUGCAUUCAAACGCUAACACUGCACGCAAAUAUACCCUUGUGUAUUGUGUAACUUGGCAUGUUGUCCUCAAACAGCUUGUCCGCUUGUAACUUUUGCCUUCCUGCACUGCCACCCAGCACCAAUCAAGAGGGAGUUGGGUCUAAUUAGAGGGGCGGGACCUAACAUGAGAGGGAAGAGCCUAACGCUGCACACCCCACCAAUAAGCCUCUUUCUACAGAGAGUCUUAGCGCUUUGCAUUCAUACGGGUUUAGGCCUGCAUUUUGCACUCCAUACCUCUUUUGAAUUUGAUACUCCAUCUUUAGAUUUUAAAUUAACCUUAAAAUUAUGAUCUUGAAGGGUGUGUGCAUGCUACACCACUUCUAAUUUAUCUGUUAGGCACCUCAUAGUGUUUUGUAAAAACAAUGCAAAACAAAGCAAAUACUCUGAAAGGUAACACAAUCUGUCCCACAUGCAUUUCCAAUCACAACAAUUCAUAUUAGAAUUUAUUAUGUAUAUGAAUCUAUAUAUUUGUCCUUAGGGGUAUUUAUGCAGCAAAUACUAAUUUUUGUGUAAAGAAAUGUGAUGGGUCUCACACUUUCUGCUUUUCUGAAUUCAUGGCUAGAGGAUACUACUAACAUUAACGAUAUAAGCACAAUAGCAGGUGUAGGAAAUAUUAGCAAGCCAACAGUAGAGUCAAUUAGAGGCAAAUUAGUAGGCAAAUUAGAGGCAAACUAUUGAAAAAAAUUGUUUGUGGUAAAUGCAUAAGCGCAACCAAAAUGUAAAUGCCCUCACUUAUUAAGGGUUAAUUGGUAUAAUGGCUGAAUAUUUGUUUCAUAACUGAUUAAAGGCCUUAUUUGAAGAUUUUUACAUUUUCUUUUCAAAGGGAUGGGCCAGAAUGGCUUGCCAUGAGACGAGUAGUGCAAGCAAAACUUAUGAAGCCAAAAGAAAUAUUUAAAAUGGAUUUGAAAAUCAAUGAGGUGCGUCAUUCUUCAUACUAUUAAUAUUCUAAUUGUUAUUUACUGUAUUGUGUAAUGGAGCCCUGCUGCAAGAAUAGAGAAGACCUCACUACUCCCUUUAAAGUACUCAAAGAAGAGAAAAUAAGUUUGUGGUAACACCAUUCCAUGCUGGUGCAUAUAGGCAUCUGGCGUGUUGCCCCUUAAUAAUUUUUUUCUAUAAUCUAUUGGAAUGGUAAGGACUAAUGAUAAGUGUGUUAUCCACAAUUAUAUUCACUUUACUAAUGACUGGAAAUGUUGUUGGUUGAGAAACAAAGCAAUGUAAAAAAUGCCCGUUACUAUGAUAUCUUGUGUCAACCAUUGGCUCUGCAUGGGGUGUUAUAUCCUGUAUUACUUAAGAAACAGGCCUGCAAGUCCUUCCUUUGUGGACUGUUAUUGGGUAACUGCAUCAGUCGAUGGUGUUGGGCUUUACAGUGGUUAUUGUUUUCCACAUACUUGUAUAUAUAGGUUUAUGGUUUUGAACAGUAGGUGAUGUCUCAUUGGAUCAGGAGUUGAAUACAUGGAAUUAAAUUGAUAGAACCCAACAAGUCAGGGAGCAGGCAGUACCCCGCCAUAAUUAAAUGCUACUGGUUGCAGAAUUUCAAAUCAAAUAUAGGUAAAAUCAUAACCAAGUGGAUUUACCAGAUUCAAAAUUGUAGCCAUGCGAUGUGGUACAUGUUAAACAGCCCAAAUUAAACAAAGAAGACCAGGAGCAAACUCUGAUUAUAUAGAAAGUACUGAUCUAAUGCCACUUGAACAUGGCAGCCAAAACAUGAGACUUUUGACUUCAACAACCAACUCAACUCAUUGUCGAGACUUUGAUUUACUUGUUUAAUAUAUAGUUAGCUUAAGUAUUUGUAAUAGCAUAUCAGAUAAUUUUAAAGGCUUCACAAUCAGGGCAGCAUGAGAUGACAGCAGCAGGUGAAUUUACAAGUGACUUGCUUUAUGGUUUUCAUCACUAUUUGACCUAAGAUUACACAGGGUGAUUGCAAGAUCAAUACCGAUCACAAUUAAACUUUUAAACCUCAUGGUGCCCGAGACCUGGAAUUUGUAUGGCAAUUUUAAUAAGCAAAAACAUAUUCGUUACCGUUUUACUUUGUUAAUUAAUAAAGUUUUUUUUAUUUUUUAUUUUAGGUCUUAUCUGAUUUUGUCUUGUACAUCAAAACACUAAGUGAUGAGAAGGGGCAUGUUGACAAUUUGUACUUUGAGCUCAACAAAUGGUCAUAUGAAAGUAAGUUUGGUCUACGUAUCAUUUGUCUUGGUAUGCAUAUUCCUUUUUUAUACAAAUUUUAAUUACCUUUCUCAACAGCUAUUUGUUCAGUCCUUUAUAAUGAGAGAUGUGGCUUGCUUCAGCAAACAUGUGAUGAAGAUGCCUUUCUGUUCAUAAAGUCAGUGAAAAAGGUAAAAUGAUACUCGUUAAUGCAUAGAGGGAAAAAUGAACACAUGAUAAAGGAGUGACAUUAGUUUAGUCAAGUUUAAGUUGUGUUGGCUCAAUUUAAUUUAAGUAAUUAACUAUAUUCUAUUUUGUUAUUUUUGAUGUCAGUUAAAUUGUUAGAAGUAUUGUUGAAGUGAUUACAUAUGAGUUCAUUCGAAUUGUAUAAAAACAGCAGAAAUUUUUUUUUUAUGAGACAGACUACAAAUGACAACAUCCCUCAGGUAAGAACAGGCUACUUAACUAGGGCAAUGUAGUUGGUAAACCUAUUAUGGUAACACCAGAUGAUAUUAGGUAGUUAUUAUCGAUAUUACUAUGACAUGCAAAAGUAGCAGUAUAUUAGUAAAAACAGUCUAAAGUGUCGUGGGAUGAAUGACUAACAUAAUUAGCCAUGCUGCAGCUGAAUUCAGAUAAACACAAAAGUUAGUUUAAAAAUUCAUGAUAUUUACUAUUAGCAUGACAGGAUGGCUUAUAAGCAUAAUUAAUUUCAGUUGGUGGCUCUAUUUUCCUGGCAUAAGUGCCAAGACAGCAUGACACCAGGGAAAUAACAGGAGCUGUGAGCAGUAACACUUUGUUGCUGUUUACAGGCAUUGAUCAAUUCACUGAGUGAUGAUUGGUGCUCUAUAGACAAGUAUAAUGUAAAAAAAGGAGAUACUAAAAAGUAGUGUUCCCUAGACCCUUUUAAUACAAGUAGGGACCUGACAAGUAUCCCCUACUUCAUUCUCCAUCCAUGUGCAGUGAGGUGAAGGGUAGUCACUGGGGUCCAGGAAACGGUCCGUUACCUGUGUAAUAAUGGGCCUUUGGGGUGCCAAGAAAUGUCCCACUUACUGGACUUUAAGGGGCUAAUCUCAUUAAGUUUUAUUAUUAUGUGCCUCUGAAUGUCCAGGAGUUGCCCAGUUUAAAUACCAGAGACUAAUAGCAGAGACUAGGCAUCUCUUGGACCCCAAUAGCCCACCUUAUUAUAUGUACAAAGAACCCAGGAAACUUGGCUUUUGCCUUGUCUUAUUGAUUGCUCUUUACAAAGCUGCACAUGGGGGGAGGAUUGGGUAAAGGCCUAUUCUGUAUUAUUGGAAUUCAAGAAAUGCAUUGUUUUUUACUUUAUUGUUUACUAUGCUUACCUUAGUAAACUGGUUGGUUGACUAUUAGUGUAUGCUGAGUAUGUUUUAGUUUUUUUUUUUAUAGAUAGAGACAAAUAAAAUAUGGACAGAUGCAGAGAGAUUGUCAUUCUGAUUUUUUUUAAACUAAAAUAACAUAUUCUACUUUGUUUUUCAGAUGAUGCAGUAUUUAGGUCCACUGCUUGUAACUUCUGCUGAUCUUCAUAAAAAAUUCAAUACAACACAAUGGCAGAACCAUACAAAAGCAUGGGAUAAUGUAUUCAUGACAAGUAAGUCAUUUAACAUGUAGAUUGUUCUAUGAAUUUAAAGGACCACUAUAGGCACCCAGACCACUUCAGCUCAAUGAAGUGAUCUGGGUGCCAGGUCCAUCUAGGGUUAACACUGCCUGCUGUAAACUUAGAUUCAGAGAAACUGCUAUCAUUACAUAUGGGUUAAUCCAGCCUCUAGUGGCUGUCACAUUGACAGCCGCUAGAGGCGCUUCCGUGCUUCUCACUGUGAUUUUCACAGUGAGAAGAUGCCAGCGUCCAUAGGAAAGCAUUGAGAAUGCUUUCCUAUGGACUGACUGAAUGCGCGCACGGUUCUUGCUGCGCAUGCACAUUCAGCCGAUGACGUCGGAAAGAAGAUGAGAGUCCCCAGCGCCGAGGGAGCCCAGCGCUGGAGAAAGGUAAGUGAUUUAACCCCUUUCUCUCCCUUCAGCCCGGCGGGAGGGGGGCCAUGAGAAUGGGGGGGACCUUUUAACACUAUACUGCCAGGAAAACUAGUUCGUUUUCCUGGCACUAUAGGGGUCCUUUAACAUAUAAUAAUGCUGAUAUGUGUGUUGUUUAUCGUUGAUCUCCACUUCAUUUCCUGACCUUGACUGGUAAUUGAUGAUAUUUUUGCACCUUUUUCACUGUUCAGUGACUUAGAUAAUGUUGGUUGACCCUCAGAGUUCACAAAAACCUGUAGGCUGAGUGAUAGUGGAAACAAUAGUAAAGGGUCAGCGCUGAUAGAACAAACUGGGAAAGUGAAAUUAAGGCAGCUUUCCCUCUAUUAAGGAAUCACUCUAUCACUAUAGUAGUAAGGUAAGUACAAAAUAUAAAAAGUGUAGAGGAUUAGCGCCACUCUAAAAAGACACUGGGGAGGAUAGUAUAACCAGCAUAAGAUGCCUUAAAAACGAAUAAAUAGAAAAUAAGAUAAAUAGAAAAUAAAAUAUUAAAUAUAAGUCCAAGAUAGAAAGUCCAAUAAAAGAUGAUGGUAUAUACUUUCCUGAGGAGCAAUCACAAACUUUUCUUGCUGGGAUAUCAGAUGCGGUCCUUAUGUGGAAAGAAGGAGAGGAUAAUGGUGCAGUAUGUCUAGAAAAUAUAAAAAUAAGAAUAAAAGUAUAUAUGGUCCUACUCUAGUUUUUUAGAGCUUUAAACCAGCUCCAGUAUGAAAGGCAUACAGUGGUACAAUCCCUGCUUAUAGGAUACGUGAAGAAUUGUUUCAAUGAUGUGUGGACCAAAAAAUAAAAAGAAAGAACAAUAGUGCUCACUGUAUAAAAUCAACCAGAAGAAUAAAUAAGAGAAUAUUACUCACAUUUACCAGAGCAGACAAACUGCUUUAUGGAUAGGGUGCAGGUCGAAUAAUCCCCACCUAAGGAUUUCUUGAGUAGUUCUUACUAGGAGUAAAAUCAGGAUACCAGGCAAUAAAAUAAUAAAAGAAUAAUAACGGAGUAAAAAGAGUAAAAUUGCACACUCAAUGUAAAAGUAGCCAAAAUACCUUUAUUAACACAGUUUCGCCACAAGGGGCUUCUUCGAGUGUACAUAGUAUUAGCCUGACACAUGUGGGUUUAUAUAGGGCCCAAACAAUCAGCAAAUUGAAAAUGGUGUCUUAUUUGACCUUUGACAUGACAUGUUUAAAAGGUCAAAUGACAUAUUAACAGGAAGUAGAUAUACUAAAAAUGAAAAAAAAAUCCAAGGCAAACAAAAGCAAUACAAUUUAUCUAACAAGAGGGAUUAGGAUCAGGUGGGCAGAUUCAAUAUACCCUUGGAAUAAGGAUAAGGACAGGCAUUGUGGAGGUCAUAUUGUGGGCAGGGUUAGCAACAGCCGAGAAUAAAUUGCACAGGGAUAUAUAUAUACACUUAAAACUGUAGACCAUUAUAAGAUAUACAGAAUGUUAAAAUAAAAAAAAAUAUAAAAUCAGUUAUAUAUAAAACUGUAGAUACAUAAAGAAAUAAAACUGAGAAAGUAUGUACAGUUAAUUACAGCUAUUUGUUUUUUAAUAAAAAUGUGUCUGAGAGUUAAACUUAAAAUGUAUAUGUUUAGGAAUAAACCUUAUAAAGGGGGUAAAAAAGAUAUUGUAUAGGAAGGAAUAGGAUAAAUUUUUUAAAGUUAUAAAAAGUUUAAAAUUUCAAAAUCCACAUUCAGGCCUUUUGAGGCCAGGGUUUUUAAAUCAAAUUUAUUUUUGACCUUAAACUUUUUGGAGGAGGUAGUGCAUACAGUAGACUUGUAAGUUACAGAAAAAUUUGGCUGGCCAAAAAAAAUUAGUUUAGUUUAUUUGGAUUUCGUCCUUGUGGCAUUUCGCUUUAGACACAUUUCAUUCAUACAAUUGUUUUGGGGAAAAUAAGAUUUCCUCCCUUUUGGUUCACAUAUCAAGCGAGAAGAAGUAACCAAUAGAUAAAAAAAGAGGAGGAGCAGUAAGAAAAUUUAUUCUUAUAAACUGUUUUUAAACAUUAUACAUUAAACACAUAUGUUUUUUUUUUUUAACUACUUCUCCAUUUUCCCCUCUUUUGGUUACUUGAUGUUUGAAUACAAUCUAGUUUAGCAGCUGUCCCUUAACCAUCAAGUCUCUUUUUUUCCCAAUUAAUCAUCAAUUUUUGCACCACGGAUGGAACUAGUAAUCAUGCAACAAGCUAAACUGCUCGACCAUUGUCUGCUCGAACUGUGAAUUAAUGGAACAUAAACGCAGUUACAAAUUUUAAAAUGUACACCUAUAUGAAUGCAAUGUAUCUGUUUUAAUUAGUUUUGCUAGCUAGUAUUUUUUAAUUUGUAGAUUUGUUUUACUGUAUUUUGUAUGUAAAUGCGUUAGAAAAAACACUUAUCUGUAUUUAUUUAUUUAUUUAUUCUAGCAAAACAUUGCAUUGAUAAACGACUGUCAGAUUGUUCCAAUGCACAGAAAGAUGACUUACUCACUGCAAUUUAUUCUGAUAAAUUGCUCACAAAAAAUCAACUAUCAGGUCUUUUUGCUGAACUUCAGAUUGGUGGCGUAGAAACUGUAAGUUUAUGCACUUCCAUAAGAGAAUGAUACGUUUCACAAUUAUAACGUUUUAAUGCUAUUGUCUUUGAAAGAAAACCUUUCUAACUUAUUACAUGUACGAUUAAGUGUAUGGUGUAAGCAUGAUGCAAUUAUACUGCAUGUAUCUACUUAGAAAGCUUGUAAUUCAAUGGUUUCUAUCAUAUAUGAGAUAAAAUAUUUAAUAACAAGUCUACACAAAAUAUCAUUGUCCUUUUAAGUAUGUGUAAUAAUAUUUGGUUUAUUAUAAUGACUUUUGAUAGUGAUUAUUUUAAUCGAGAUUUAUAGAAGCAUGGCUAAUAACGCUCUUAACAAUUUACAAAAGAGUCACAGUAAAAUAAAUAAUAAUUAACAAUAUAUGAGGUUCAUUAUUUGCAAGCAAAGGAAACUAGUCUGGGUUCAUCUUGAUCCAUAGUGCUUAUUUUUGAAAAUAUACUGACCUGCUGAAAACAGAAGCUGUAGGUAUUUCCAUCAUAAAAAAACAUGGCUAAUUAAACAAAUGCAAAAGUAGAGAAGAUACCUUGCCAGCAUUUCAAAAUAGCCAACCUGAAAGGGGUCAGGUCAAUUAAAGGGACACUGUAGUCACUAUAACCACUUUGUCUCUUUGAAUUGGUUAUAGUGCCUGGAGUGGCCUGGCACUGUCCCUCCAUUCAGUGUUGCACCAUUUUUGUGCAGUAUGCCACAAAAUAAGAGUCCCUUGCCACCCACAAUCCGGCCCCUUCUGUAUGUGUAGCUAAGGCAGAGAUUACACACUUCCUUGUUGUCAUACCCAUCCAUACCGUCAGUUGGAACUCUGACAGGUUAAAAGCAGUCAGCUGACACACUCAUCCAAUCACAGCUGCCCAUUGCCUCUCAAUACUUCCUUAUUAGCCAAAGCAGCACAGAGGGGAUAGACUGCCGUGGACUCUUGUUUAGCAUUAAAACAUUACAACAUUAAAAACUGUUUAAUGCUGAAAGAAAUGAUGGUACCAGGGGACUCCAGACACUAUAACCAGUUUAAUGAGAUGAAGCAGAUGCAGUGCCUACGGUGUCCCUUUACGUCCACCAUGGCUCACAGCUGCACCAUUUUUACUCAACAACUGUUACCACAGUUGUUGAAGGAGAAGACAUAUUGACCAUAAAUGCAGGUAUAGUAAGUGCAUGAUAGAAGUGGUUAUGGUAAAGUUUAGAAAAGGCAUAAUGUUAGAUUACACAGGGUGUUUAGUAUUACAAGGAAUAAAAGAAUGAGAGGGGUUAUAGCUGUGCUAUAAGGGGUAUUUGGAAUUAUUGGAUUUAGGGGUAGAGUGGGGUUGAUUUUUUUUUCAGCGUGCAUGAUGUGUUUUAUUUUUUGAAGAUGAUUUAAAUUUAGGAAUAAAUUUAAUCCUUCUACUUGAUACUACUAGUGCCCUGUACACCCACUUUGAUUAACUGAUUUAAUUUUUUUUUUUACUGAUUUCUGAUUUUCUUUUUUUACUUCUUGUAAGAGAGGGGAUUUUUGCUUUGCAGUGUGCCUCUGUGCCACUGCUUGUGCUUUGGAAAUUGUAAACUUCUUUCCUUAGUAAUAUACAAAGUGUGUGUCUGCAGUUUACUGCACUAGUGAACCCUGCCUAUACUGAGUAUGGCAAUAGUAGUAUUGCAGGCAGAGUACAGAAUUAUUGAAGAUGAAAAGCUUUUUUUUUUUUUUUUUUUUAAACUACGUGCUGUAUGCAGUGUAUUCAAACAUAAUAAUGUUAAAGUAACUGUAAAUCCACCAAGUAGCAACCUAUUUUGCAGCACAAACAUAAGGCAGGGUGAAACCAUUGUAAUGACAUAUAUUUUACCUCCUCUACUACCAGCCUUAGGCAGAGCAGGGAGAAUGUUGAGGAUAGAGCUAGUUGUCGACAAUGGCAAGUUGGACAGGGACACUUAGACACUUAGACACUUCAUCAUUAUAAGGAAGUGUCUACCAGCUCACUCUUGAAAACUGGAUUGGAUUCCACUCCUGGAAUAUGUGAAAUCUAACAAAAUCACCUACCUGAUUGCACCGAUUUAUGGAGUUGCCCUACUGGCCAGAAUGCAUUUCUUAAUUUAACUGCACACUGGUGGAUGUGCACUGUGACUGGGUAUGAUGGAGGUGGUGGAGGAGGUGCAAUCUUCCUGCAAACCUAUUGGAAAUUGCAGGAUCAUGACCAGGCAUUUCCACUGUAUUGUGUGGACCAAGAGAAAAGAUACUUUCUAAGACAGGAUGUAUGGUGGAAAUCCACUAUAGAAAUGCUGAAAAGAUUUUGGAAAAUUAGACAGCAAUCCAUAGUCUAUCUUUCCACCACUCCAUUAGCAUUGACUCUCCACUGGGACAUGAGCAUUGAACAAUAAUAGGGCAUCUAGUCCUUAUUCCAUUUAGGGACAUGACAAAAACUUUGAGCCAUAGUAAUGCCAGUUUGGCACAGGUAAUCCACUUGUUCACCCAACUCAUUAAAAAAAAAAAUACUUCUGAUGCUGAUGCUCCCCCCUUUUUAAAAAUGUGUAGCAGAGUUUUGUUCUAGUCAGAGUGGAAGCGGUGGGUUAUCAAUUUCCCACUUUUUCCUUACAUUUUUGGAAGUGCUAUUAGCAGCUUAAGCCAUGUUUGUAAAGGAAGAUUGUGUCAAACAGGCUCUAUCAUGAUGGAGGCAUUUGUCAUAACUGACCUUUUGGGUAAGAACGUUUGAGUAAAGUAGAACUGUACUCAAACUUUUAUUCAAGUAAAGUACAAAUUAGAAAUCUGAAGAAGCUUAUUACAAUCCAAACAGGUGCCAAAUAUGACAAGAGUAUAUUAAAGAAAUAGUCAACUAUCUUCAAAGAGCUUGUACUGUCUUUGUCACCAUAAACUUCUUGAUGGAAUGGAUACAACAGGAUUUGUUAGUAAGAUGUUUUGACUUUAUAGUUUAAUAACAAAAUUAAAAUUUUCAUUGCAAUGGUUUUGCCUUGCUUGGCUGAGUCUUAUAGUGCCUUCUACCACCCAGAUGCAUUUAGGAGAAUCGGAUAAUGUACUGUUGUUUUUCACACAGAAGGACCACUGUCACUAAAUACUGAAUGUUAGGGAAAGCUUAGUUAUUCUUAGGGUGGAAUUGGGAGUGGGUGGUUAAUUACCCCUUGACCAUUUUCUUUCCUUUUUGGAUAAAUCCCUUAUUUUCAACUUGAAAUGACUUCUGCUACCCAUUUUUUUUUAAUACAGGAUAGAAAAAAGUAAAUAUAUUACAAUCAAUUGUUAUAAAAAAAGUUCACUACCUAUUUUUUUUUUAUUUGCAAAUAGCUAAUAUUGUGUAGUUGUUAGGCCAGGCAAACCUGUGGCCAUUUUUUCAUGUCAGCACAGUCACAGGCAGAAUUUUUCCUGUUGUAUUGGCUUUCAAUUAAUUUUUUUUUGGUUCUAAAAUUUGCCAAAUAGAUGCAUGAAAUAAUGUCUACUAAUCCCGCCGUAAAAAUAAAUAAAUAAAAUAAUAAUUCUGCUGAAGUGGUUCAGAAGGACCUAAAUUCUUUGCUCAGCACAAGUCUAGCGGUUAGUGGUAGAAAUGCUUAUUGUCAGAAGUAGUAAGGUCAGGGAGUGUUUUACAUCUAGGAAGGUUUAGAACUAGGAGGUAUCUACUUUCAAGAUGCUACAGGCAGACAAAGAUAAAACGUUUUAUUGGCUGUAUUUAUUGCAUUAGAGGGUUUAUGUUUGUGAUUUUUCACUCAGCGCUUCAAUAGUAAAAUGAAUUGGUUAAACAAUACACAAUAUAAUUCAGUAACCUUGUUAAAUGCAGAUACACAAUUAAAUUAAAUAUCUUAUUCUUAUACUUCCAGACUGCAAAUUCAUUAAUGUGGUUGCUAUUUAACCUCUCAAGAAAUACCCAUGUACAAGAAAAACUUUUAGAAGAAAUUCAAAAUGUGUUACCUCCAGGGGAACCACCAUCUGCUGAGAUAUUACAACAGAUGCCGUACUUAAAGUCCUGUAUAAAAGAAUCCAUGAGGUAUAUUGAUGUUUGCAUUUACAUGAAUGCCUAAAUAUAAAAUUACAUAAACUGGCAUAUUGAGAUCACACAUUUGCAGAUACACAGAUAUGAUUAUUUAUGAGAUUUGCCUGUUGAACAUUCUAUUGCAGCAAGAAGACAACAUUUUUUAGAAUAAACAUAUAUUUAGCACUGCAGGAAGAGAAAAAAAAAUAAUAAAAUGCAUAUUGACACUAAAUUCUCAUUGGCUGCUUUUGUGUGCAUUUCUACCCAAAGGUAUAAUAUGUAUCAGGUAAUAAAUACCAUUUAGUAACUUUCUGAAUAACUUCAAAUAUAAGUUAUAAUGGAACACUAUACCUACACAUAUUUUAUUUAAGAUCAAUUUAUGUUUACUCUUUACUUUUUUUGUAAGUCAAAUACAUUUGGAACUCAUACCUGGAAUCCAUUGAUUUAAAAUAACCUUUUCAUUUUAGGCUAACUCCUACAGUUCCUUUCACAAGUCGAACACUGGAGGAAGAUACAAACCUUGGCGGAUUUCUGAUUCCCAGUGGUGUAAGUUUUGCUUUCAUUUCCUUUGUUAGAUAAGAAAUCUAAAUAUUUGUUAAGAUGUUAAUGUAAAAAGUCAUUGUAUAAGCACUGCUAUAAAAACAACUCUGUGUAUAUGUUUACUGACCAGCUGCUACACACUGACUUGCUCAUCAUUACUGUUUGCGAGCAGUGGCUGCAAAAUUACUGCCUGCAAAAUCUUAACAGAGAUGUAUCGACAGCAAGUCCUGAAAGUUACUAAGUAGCAGCUAAUGCCUCCUAUUUUUAAUGGGAGCAACAUAUUGCUACUUAGUGACUGCUUUCAGAAUAGUUUCCAACCCUGUCUCUACUCACUAUUACUAGUUACUGCUAACCCCAAAAACUUAACACAAGCGUCUGGUUUUGUAGCCACUAUUAUCCUCUGCUGUUAAUAGUGUCAGCUUACGGCAAUUAUUUUCUUACCAGUAGGUAGACAAGCUUUGUUACUAUGCAUAAACAAUGUUGCUAUAAACAUUAUUAUUAUUAUUUUUACUGAUAUUUAUAUAACUCUAGCGUAGGACUUGUAGUGCUUUACAAUAUUUUCAAAGGGGGAGAUUUUACAAAAAGUGAGACAAUUACAAAAACUUAGUAUAUAAUAGAGUGACUAAGGAGUGUGGGCUCCAAUGUGUUCUCGGAAACUGUGCUGCAAAUAUACUGCUCAACCUGGCAAUUAAAGCGGCACUGUCAUGCCGAACUUACCUUUCCUCAAUCUCUUCCUCUUCUCCACCCCUCUCGGGAUCUGUUAUUCUUUUCUUCCUGUCUUCUUUAGUUUUCUUUAAAAUCAUAAGACAAAGUAGGGACUCUUUGCCUUAUGGAGGAUUCCUCCGCUUGACCAGCUCUGACCAGCGGAGGAGCAAAGUGUGCUUCAUUUCCGCUGGUCAGAGCAAUUUUCCCAUGAUCCCUAGCUUUCCUCUGUGAUCUCGCAAUGCUUCCUGUCAUUUUAGCUAAAACUGCCGAAUUGCGUUCUAACUGAAUGAGAACAGUAUGUUCGUUUCUUUUAGAACGCAAUUUGGCACUUUGUUUGUGUCGGAAUUUCAUUCUAAUGAAUGAAACUUCGAUCCUAUUCAUUGCCGCGGCUGCAUCUUGCAGCCGCUUAGUAGAUAACUCCCUAAUUCCCUUUGGUAUCAGGGAGCUAUCUACUAAAAGGCUGAAAGACCUAAGUUGGUCUUUCAGCCAACUUUACUAAUACUAUGUAAAGAUUACUUAGUAUUAGUAAAUUAUAUGCCCCUACUCGCUAUAUCGCGAGUAGGGGCAUGUGUAGUAAGUAGUGAGCAGCUUAUAGCUGCUCACUGUAAAAAAAACAACAAAAAUCUAAUAACCCCCCCCUGCCCGUGGGGGCCCUAAAUAAAGAUGGGGGGGACCUAUUGUCCCCCCCGGCCCCCACCCCUGCGCGGUGGGUGUGGGCCCUAAUAAAACAAUAAGGGGGGGGGACCUACUGUCCUCCCCCCCUGGCCCCCACCCCUGAGGGGUGGGUGGGGGCCCUAAUAAAACAAUGCCCCUACUCGCGGUAUAGCGAGUAGGGGCAUUUGGGAGAUUUUAAUCUCCCUUGUGCUAUUAUGGGGGUCAUAUUGACCCCCAUAGAGUGAGAGGGGGACCUGGGGGGGCUUAUGAAGUGGCGGGGAGCACUGCUCCCUGCCGCUUCUAUCUUUACAUAUUACAAGGAGGGAGCUGCACGCCGGUAGCUCCCUCCUUGUAAUAAACUGAACGAACAAACUAACACUGAUACACAGUGUUAGUUUGUUCGUCUGACAUUUCUAUUCAUUCAUUCGUCUGUCUGAUAUAUGAAUGAAUAGAUGAAAUUUCCGUUCGCAUGUCCAGGUGUUUCACUGGGCAUGUGCGGGAAUCUCACAGUCUGUCUAGUGUGGGCAGAUGACGUGUCCCUGAGGGACUUCACCUACCCACACAAACAUAGCGGCGCCCUGAAUAUAGAUCGGGGCAGAAAAUAAAGAUUUAAAAAGAGGUAAUCUGGGGGGCUUAAGGGUAUUUGGGGUGACUAGUGGGUCAGUUGGAUGUAGUGGAGGCGGGAGGGGGGUUAAAAAAAAAUGGGAUUCGGCAUGACAGUGCCGCUUUAAAUGUUUUUUAUGAGUUUUGAAAGUGUCACUAUUAGUGUUUGUUUGAGUAUAGGAAUAGUAAGGUGAAUAUGUGUUACACAAUGCUGCUUCCUUAUCAGACAGUAUCAUUAUCUCUCUCUAUAUAAUAGAUAUUAUAUACUAAGUUUGGAAAGAAAGCGCAAACAUGAUGUACAUAUAAUUCUUACACAUAAAAUCUAGAUAAUGAAGAAAUUAUUUGGUCUAAUUGUAUCAUAAAAUAGAUAUACACAAUGCUGAAAUUAAUGAAUACAACACAUAUUUAAAAAAGCGAAUAGAUUGCUGGUACCAUUAUAAUUGGGGUCCGAGUAUGCACACUCUUUUGGACUCCCAAAUAUAGAGUGGAAAAAAAAAUGUUGAGGUGAAAAAGUGGUAAAUGGGAUUUAAAAGUAAAAAAAUAUAGAAAGCAAAAAAAUACAAAAAGAAAAUACUGAACAAAAAAUGAAAUAAAAAUAAAAUAAAUUAAAAAUAAAAAGUGAGGUAAAAUAAAAAUAUAAUGUUUAUAGUAAACAGAGAAAACAAACGACAACAAAAAUGUCAAAAGGAGUCCGACCUGAUUUUGAAGAUGGAGGCUGAAUGCCCGAUAGUUCCAUCGGUCUCAGAUUCUUAUGCAGGGUUGUGAUAAAGUAGCCCAAUAUAUUUGUAAGUCUUCUGGAGUUGGAACAAUAAAAUUGUAGGCUAGAUGUCCACUAAAUCCGUUGGAGUGUUAACGUUAGACUUGUUAGGACUUGAACGAAUACCAAACUACAUGCAAGACGGGUGAAUCCAGAUAGCCACCGUACUCACUCCAGCUGGCUGAGUGGGAAAACUUUGUGAAUCCCGGGAGCCACCGAACUUACUACAGCUGUCCGAGCGCGCCAGACUACAGUGUUAUACAGGUGGAUGGAAGUGCUCCCUCGCAGCUCGAUAAACCACAAAUUGAUAUCUCUACAGACAUCACACUGUCUCUUACAUUGAAAUCUCUACCAUGUACCCAAAUGUCUGUACGUUCACACUCCAACAGAUUUAGUGGACAUCGGGCCCACAAUUUUAUUGACCGACGGAACUAUUGGGCAUUUGGCUCCCAUCUUCAAAAUCAGGUCGGACUCCUAUUGACAUUUUUUGAUGUUUUUUUUUCUCUGUUUAUUAUAAACAUUAUAUUUUUAUUUUACCUCACUUUUUAUUUUUAAUUUUAUUUUUCAUUAUUUUUCAUUUUUUAUUCUGUAUUUUCUUUUUCUUUUUGUGUUUUAUUUUUUCUAUAUUUUUUUCCCAUUUACCACUCUUUCACCUGAAGCUUUUAUUUUUCCCACUCUAUAUUUGGGAGCCCAAAAGAGUGUGCACACUCGGACCCCAAUUAUAAUGGUCCCAGCAAUCUAUUCGCUUUUUAAAAUAUAUGUUGUAUUAAUUAAUUUCAACAUUGUGUAUAUCUAUUUUAUAAUUACAAAAACUUACAGGAACAAUAGGUUGAAGAGGGCCCUGCUCAAACGAGCUUACAGUCUAUAGGAGGUGGAGCAUAAAACGCAACAGGACAGGAGGUAGCAAUCAAACAAGGUGGAGUGAAGCAGAGCUGGAGGAGAGAAUAGAGUGAUGCCCUUUAUGAGAGAGCAAGGGACAGGUACAUGAGGUAGAGGUUACUCUGGGUGACCAUAAGCUUUCCUAAAGAGAUGGGUUUUGAGGCACUUUUUAAAUUAUUGAACACUAGGGGAGAGAUUGAAGGUCGUAGGCAGGCUAUUCCAAAGGAAAGGAGCCACCCGCGAGAAGUCCUGCAAUUGUGAGUUGGCCUUACGGGUGCAAGCAGCGGACAGGAGAAGGUCAUGGGCAGAGUGGAGAGACCGAGAAGGGGCAUGCCUGUGGAUCAGAGAAGAGAUAUGGGUGCGGCUAGAAUUGGUCAGUGCUUUAUAGGUGUUGACUAGUACAUUGAAUUGACUCCUAUAGGAUACAGGAAGCCAAUGUAAGGACUGACAAAGGGCAGAGAUCUGAGAGGACCCACAAGAGAGGAAAAUCAGACUAGCUGCAUCAUUCAUCACAGACUGUAGCGGGGCAAUGAGACUUGUGGGAAGACCUAUUAGGAGAGAGUUACAAUAAUAGAAAAGUAUUUAUAGAGUAAUAAAAAACAACUGAGUUAACAAUUAGAUGUCAUCAUUAUUAAACAUGUAAAUAAAUUACCUGAGCAGGGGUCCUCAAGAUCCCUGUUAAACAUUGAGACAGAAUGGGUGAAUUUCAGCAUUAAUCCACAACCCACUGCACUUGGUCUAUGAACCAAGUUAUCCCAGUAAAUAAAGGGUUCAAUAGAAACCCGCUAGUUGUUUUGGCCACACUUUAUAUUUAAUAUAAAAGAAUCAACAUAACGAAUGCCACAUAUAUAGAAUUUAAACUUGUUUUAUUAUGACUAACACAUAUUUCAAAAGUUGUUUUUUUUUUGUUUGUUUUUUUAUAAACAGACCAUUGCUAUGAUAAACUUUCAUGCAAUGAACUGGAAUGAGGACUUCUUCCCUGACUCUCGAGAAUAUAAACCAGAAAGAUGGCUCAAAGGAAAACACACACUCAACCCAUUUGCACACACUCCAUUUGGCACUGGAAAAAGGAUGUGCAUUGGACGCCGCUUGGCAGAAUUACAGCUACAACUGGCUCUUUGUUGGGUAAAAUCCAUUUUUAUAAUUUAUUUCAGAGUAUACUUAUUACAGGCAAAUAGUAAGUGAAUAAAACCAACAUUAACACAAAAUGCAAGAGAAGCAGAAAAAUCACAAAAUGGAUGGAUGAUAAUAUUUCCUAUCUAUGAAUAAAGUGCACGUUAAUGGGUUACUCCAACUUUUUUUUUUUUUGGUUUGUUCGACUAAUGCCCUAUUGGGCACUAUUCUUUAGGUCUUUUACUUUCCUAAUUAAUUUGCAAAGUUCACAGUGCUGAUCGGCACCCUCUCCCCCAUUGUGUCAUCAUGGGAGCAGUGUGAAGGCCCAAUCAAAGGCUUCUCAUAGAAGCCUGCAAAGGGAGAGGGAGUAGGAAGGGAAAGAAUAAGGUGGGAAGAGAAAAAAAAAACAGAUUAAGGGGGCAAUUUUUAGAGGAGAACACAAUUAGCAUUUAAAAAAAAUAAAUAAAAUUAGCAACAGUCAUAAAGACAACAAAGCAUCCACUAAACGAAGAAAGGCCCACAAUGAACUUAAUUGGUAAGUGUGACCAUGGUUUGUUUGACACAUAUACAUGUUGAAGAAAGCAACAUGGUAAUCUGUGAGAUAUCUUAACUCUAUUGCACAUGUUGCAAGCCUGGACAUGUUCUCUGGUAUUAGCUCAUCUUGUCCCAUUACAGAGAGAACAUAUCUGAAGCAUAUCAGACUGGUCCCACUUGUACGGGCAGUCCAGAUCCGAAAUGCCAGCAAGUUCCCUCUGCACGAGAGAUACAGCAACCCCAAACGAUUGUUUACUCCCUUAGGUCCUGGGCACUUUGUGUUGUUUUACUUCUCCUCAAUAUAAAAACAGGGCUGACUGCAAGAUAUGUUUUGAUAUGAUGUGAUACUCUUGUCUUGUUUCACACUAUGUCUUGUGCAUUCAUUCAAUCAUUAUUAUAUUGUACCACCAGCACAACAAAAAUAAACAAUGAUAUAAACUAUCAGUUAAACACAGAAACUAGGCCACUAUUAGUUCAAUCAAGCUCUGAUGGCAAUGUAAGCAACUCAAGUCAGCCACAGGCCUGGAUCCUUGCUUAAUCCAUCCUUGCUUAAUCCUCGUAAUAGAUUUAGUGGUAUUCUUAGCUCUACCAGGGGGUUUGAAUAAUUUAUGAAAAGUGUUAAUGUAUUCAUGUUGGUUAUAAACAAUAGGACUGUUGCUCUCCCAGUGCAGGUUUGCCAAAGCUAAUGCCUUAUCCAAGAGUAAACUCAUUAGAAAAACUACUUGGUCUCUGUCAGAGGGAAAAGAUCUGUGAGACAUCUUAAAAUGUGUGCCCACUUGGUUUUAAAAAACAUCUCCUUCAUAUUUAGGGAGGAGGGUUUAGUUGCACUAAUGGAGUUUAUGAUCUAGCUUUCAGGUGACAGACACAAGACCCUAUCAGCUGUCCUAAGCCUUCAGGGUAAAUUACCCUGUUGUAAAGGCAGGAUAACUAUACACCACCAUGGAUAACUUAGUUCAGAACCCAGAAAGUAGAGCAGAGCAUAUUACCAGUCUUUAGAGGUGGCUGGGCUGAAUACAAUGAAGUGAGGAAAUCGUAAAUGAGAGAAUAAACCAAGAACAACAAGCCAAGAUAAUACCAGGGGGCUCCAGGCAUUAUAACCUCAGGUACUCAUUUAGACUAAGGAAUAUAUAUCAGGUAGAGUGAUCUCAGGCUUUAUGUGGUCAAUAAAAUGAGUGCCACUAAAUUAGGUAAUAAAAACAGCUAUUGCAAAAAAAGAUGAAUGUACUAUUCAUGGGUAAAUAAUUCUAUAUUUUGUUUAUCUCAAAUGUUAAAUGAUUAUGUACUUGUUUGGCAGUUACAGUACAUGUAUUUACAAAUGUAUACACAUACAACUGAGAUAAUCUGUAUUACUCUAUUUUAAAAUAAAUGUAAAAAUAGAUUUUUAAAUACUACCAUACCUUUUUAUUUUAGUUAAUUCAACAUUUUCACAUAAUGGCAACGGAUGAUGAACCAGUAAAGGCCAUAACAUCUGUAGUGAUGAUUCCAUCAAGAAAUUUACCUAUAGCUUUUCAAAAGCGAGAGGUAUGUAUUCUAGUAUUAUUAUGAAGAAAAAUAAAUAAAUAUAUAUAUAUAUAUAUAUAUAUAUAUAUAUAUAUAUAUUUAUUUAUUUAUUUUUUGUCUUUAACUACUUGAACAAAGUACCUUAACAGUGACUGAGAGCUUAUUAUUCAUGUCAGUAAAUCAUUAUUAUGCUUAUUAAGACAAAGUUAUUCAAAAAAGGCAAAGAAGAAAUAGUUGAUGCAACCAAAUAUAUAGAGUUAUAAUCAAUAUGUUAAUAAACAAUGGAGGGAAGUAGAGAGAGUAAAAAGUAAUGAAGAAAUCAAGAUGUCUCUUAUCCUCCCUUACCAAGUUCCUCACCCAAGAAAGUAAUAGGAAGAAAUAUUUGCAAGAGCACCAUUAAACCAAUUGCACCAGUGUCACUGUAAUAGAAAUAGAAAUAAUGGACAGGGCUGUAAACAUCUGCGUAGAGAGGUUAAUGAUACAUAGUUGUCUAUCUCCUUAAGUAGGCAUUGAAAUAGGCAUCAGUAUUUGUACAAGCUAAAUAAAAAAAUAGGUAAAGAUAAUAUAGUGUAUAAAAAGAAAGGUAAAGAUCUUCUAAUGGAAGCAGCAUUGUACUUAUCUUUUCAGAGAUUUGGAUACAUUGAGGACUGAGCAAAUAUGCAAGGUUCAAUAUAGAUCAAGAGUUAUGUAUUUUGGCAAAAGGAAUAUGGAUUUGAGUUAAGGGGCACUAGUGGGAUAAAAAAAUUAUGAGGAGUAUGAAAUAUCUUGUGUAAAAAUCAGGGACGUGUUUACUUUAGAAAUAAGACAUCUUAGAGGGCAUAUGAUAACAUUUUACAAAUAGACACUGAAACAUUUCAAAAGGAGAUUUCAUCCUGUGCAGAAAAUGUUACAAUGAGAACAAUAAAAAAAAAUGAUAUUCUAUGCAUCUAUGCACAGAGAUUGCUUUAUAAUGUGUUUUUGGUAAUGCCAGAUAUUCAAGGAAAUAAACAGCUAAUCGUAAUACCACUUUGAAGUAAAAAAUAAGUUUUCUGGCUAUUUAUCAUGGCAGCAUCACUAAUGGUAGCUCUGCCCCUAAUCAGAUCAGGACAGGAUAAACCAAUAAAAAAAAGAGAGAGAAUGAGGCUGGAGGCAUAAAAGGUCCCUCCUCCUUCCAUACCUCAGUCUUUUUUCCUGUCCUUAACCAGACAAGACAGGUUAAUAUUUUUACCUUAAUUUUCUUGUUGGCCACCUUCCCAUGUGCACCAUGGGUCUCCCAGGCACAGUUCAGCCUCUUGUGCCUGAAGGACCCAGUAAACAGCCUGCAUGAACAGGACUAACUGGGUCAGAUUCAAAUUAGUUAUUUGAAUCUGCAAUGUGGAUGACCAUACAACAUGCUAACGUCUAUGGCUCCAUUGGAAAUUCAGUUGCCUAUUUAUAUUCUCCCUACAGAACCUAGAGGCAAUCUGGGAGAUAUACCUUCCUCCUUUUCAUUCAGGAGUUUUUUUUCCUAUUUCUAUCUUUUCCUCAAUUUGUGUACUCACGGGUCAGCCGAAUCCCGGGAGUUUCAUGUUCUUAUGGCUCAGCUCGCAUUCGGAUAAGUGUUUCCCUGUCUGUUCAUCUAAUUCUGCCGUACAAAUGCCAUGGCAUUCCUUUCCUUUUCAAAGGGACUCCCUGGCUAACUUCAGUUUGUUUACUCAUUUUGACACAAACUGAACUAGAGAAAGGGCGCGAACGGGCGCAAACUAUCUGCGCAUUCACGAAUUUCCCUUCUUAAAGUUACAGGUUUACUAACAAAUCUUAAAGUGACAAGCUCUUCUGUUCCUAAAGAAUUAUCUUCAGUACUGCCUGG